GUCUGUGUGUGUGUGUGUGUGUGUGUGUGAUCGCUGCAGGUUCUUCAAAUCGAUCCUGAUGCCACAGACGAGGAGCUGAAGAAGCGUUUCAGACAGCUGUCCAUCCUCGUCCAUCCAGACAAGAACCAGGACGAUGUGGAUCGGGCCCAGCUGGCCUUCGAAGCGGUCGAUAAGGCCUAUAAGAUGCUGCUGGAGUCGGAGCAUAAGAAGAAGGCGCUGGAUGUGAUCCACGCGGGGAAGGAGUACGUGGAGCACAUGAUGAGCCAGAAGAGGAAGCAGCUGAAGAAGGACGGGAAGCCCACCGUCAUGGAGGAAGACGACCCGGAAGUGUUCCGGCAGGCGGUUUAUAAACAGACCAUGAAGCUCUUCGCCGAGCUGGAGAUCAAGAGGAAAGAGCGAGAAACGAAGGACAUGCAUGAACGGAAGAGGCAGAGAGAGGAGGAGAUCGAGACGCACGAGCGCGCCAAGAGAGAGCGAGAGUGGCAGAAGAACUUUGAGGAGACGCGUGAUGGACGUGUGGACAGCUGGAGGAGCUUCCAGUCCAAAGGCAAGACUAAGAAAGAGAAGAACCGCACGUUCCUCAAGCCGCCCAAAGUCAAGAUGGAGCAGCGCGAGUGAGAGUCCUCAGCUUCCAUUCCUGACACCGGCUUUCCUUCUGCAAAUAAACAUUCGUUUGUAGAUAUUUCGUUGUAGUUUUUAUAUUGUACACCAUUAAACCUUGGUUUUUGUCCAACUGUAUGAGUUUCAUGUUAUUCAGCUGUUUGUUUGAGGAAUUGUAAUAUUAAAUGUGCAUCUGAUGCUU